AUGUCAUCAACUAUAUUUUAUAAGUUUUUAUCUCAGAAAACACAAUCGACCAUUCAUUUUGAUGGGACGGGUAUAAGUGUAUUUGAUUUAAAGCAUGAAAUCAUAUUACAAAACCAACUUGGUCAAGGUACAGAUUUUAAUUUAAGAUUGUAUCAUCUGGAACAGCCAGACUUAGAAUACGAAAACGAUCAGGAUGUUAUACCAAGGUCAUCCUUUGUUCUAGCCAAACGAUCACCGAGUUUGUCAAAAAAUGGGAAAUUCAAUAAUGCAUCAAGAUAUGUUAGUGGAAAGCCUCGUAUUAACAAGAAGAUGGUGAAUACAACGGCAGCUGUGACAAACAACGGAGUUGCGAAUAAGGGUGAUAGUAGACCAGUAGAUGAAAAUAUUUCAGAAGAAGACCGUAUCAAAUUGAUGUUCGAAAAUCAAUCCAACGCAUGGGCCCAAACGCAAGAUGAGCUUUCUACACAUAAGGUGGUAUACAAUAAACCCUCCGCUACUGGCACCAAUCCAGAAGAUGUGCCACCUCCGGGUUAUAUGUGUUAUAGAUGUGGUGGCAAGGACCAUUGGAUUAGAAACUGUCCUACGAACACUGAUCCUAAUUUUGAAGGCAAAAAAAUUAAGAGAACUACCGGUAUUCCUAAGUCAUAUUUGAAAACUAUCUCUAAAGAGGCAGCUACAGCUGCAGAAAAUAAUAAUGAUGGAUCAGACAAUCAAAUAACGACAAACGAGAAUGGUGAUCUCGUAGACCAACAGGGUAAUACAUAUAUGAUCACGGAGACAGGUGAAUAUGUCAUUGCAAUGGCAGAUAAUAAGACUUGGCUCAAUUACCAACAGAAACAGCAAAAUGCGGCAAUGAAAGCAAAACAAGAAUUUGAAUCAAAAAUCUUAGAAUGUAUAGAGAAAGACCAAAGAUCAGAAUUCUUAGACCCUUUGGCAGGUCUGAACAAAAAAUUAUUGGUCCCACCAAUAGUUAUGACGGCAUGUUGCCAAUCUAAAGAAAGUUUGAAGAAGAUGACGAACUUUAAUUACCAUCAACCUUCCUUGGAACAAGUAUUGAUUGAAAAUGACUUCCAUUGUCCAAAUUGUAACACUGAAGACGUAUUCAUAGACACGCUUAUACGAAAUGAAGAAUUGGAAUCAAGUUUAAAGGAUUACAUCAAGGAAAAAGAAGAGCAAUUAGGCAUCGAAGAUCCCGCUACUGCGACAAAUAAUGCUAUGAAGAGGUCUAACGAGGACGAAGACGAUAAUCCGGACGCAAAGAGACAAAAUACGGGCUUACCUCUGAGGCCAAAUAUGCUUCCAAUGGUUCCGCCAUUUGGGAUGCCUCCUGGUAUGCCAAUGCCUCCUAUGCCUAUGGCUAUGAACCCAAACAUGCCUAUGCCUAUGUUUAUGCCACCUCCUCCACCAUCGUUUGCAAUGAACAAUCAACCUCCGCAACAAAAGAAGUAA